GUGCUCUCGUAUCUUUGAUCCAUUUUGAAAUAAAUAAAAAGUUUCAACAUCGUUCUCUUAAAGCCUAGGUGUAAGAGUUAUUUUUCCGACCUGAAUGCUUUGAUCAUUAUCACUUGUUGAAUCGUUCUUGAGGUAAUAUCUUGUAAUCAAGAUCCUUGACACAGACUUUUAGAGUUCGCAUGGAAUCAUCUCUCAAAGGUUCACAAGCUUCGCUCUAAUGGUGGUCUCUCUCGUGUACAUUUCGUAGCAAGAGUGCACGCCAUAGCAGUAAAAGACCUUUAACACUUGGAAGAAUAAAAGACACAUAACUUGUCCGUUAUAAUACAUACGGGUCAAACGUUGCGUAAUUGAUUGGGUAUAACCGUAUAAAGUUAGACUUCUUCGUGGCAAUGACUUUGCGUAUUAUUAUUUAAUAAGGUUUAAGUUGAUCCUAAAUAAACUAAUGCAUUGUCUUGGAAAACAAGUGCGGUUCAGUAAAUUGUUAAAUAGAUGAUUGAGAAUAGUCUCACAAUUUCUCUAAAGAAUAGCUUACUUGGUCUUAUUGACAUGUUUGCUUCUUGAACUAAUCUGAAGGAGAUCGUUCUUGGAGACGCAAGAACGAACAUGGAGAUGACGUGGUUUGCUUUCUUUCUCUUGUUCACCAUGAUAUUAAGUUUUAGUCAUGGAGAAAUAACUACAGAGAGUCCUUUGUCAAUAGGAAAAACUCUCAGUUCCUCUAAUGGAGUUUAUGAACUUGGGUUCUUUAGUCUUAACAACUCCCAAAAUCAGUAUGUCGGAAUCUGGUUCAAAGGUAUCACUCCCCCGGUGGUUGUGUGGGUGGCCAAUAGAGAAAAGCCUGUUACAGACUCCAAGGCAAAUCUAAGUAUCAGCAGCAAUGGAACUCUUCUCUUAUUGGAUAGAAACCAUGGCGCUGUCUGGUCUAGUGGAGGAACUUUCGCAUCUAAUAGUUCUCGUGCAGAGCUUUCAGACAGUGGAAAUCUUAUUGUCAUAGAUAAUGUUUCCGGACGAACACUAUGGGAAAGCUUUGCGCAUCUUAGUGAUACUAUGCUCCCUUUCUCACCCUUGACGUGUGAUCUCACGACCGGUGAGAAGCGGGUGUUGACUUCUUGGAAAAGUUACACUGAUCCAUCGCCUGGUGAUUUUGUGACUCAGAUUACACCGCAAGUGCCAUCACAGGUGCUUACCACGAGAGGCUCAAAGCCUUAUUAUAGAAGCGGUCCAUGGGCUAAAACAAGGUUCACCGGGAUACCGCUAAUGAAUGAAACGUUAGCAAGUGAAUUCAGCUAUCCGCAGGAUGCAAACGGGUCAGUGUCUUUCUCUUUUGUAGGAAGAGACUCCAAACUUCCGCGUCUAGUUUUGACACCAGAGGGCCGUCUGAAGAGGUUUCAACGUAGUGGGACCAAGUGGGAAGUAACCUACGAGGGUCCAGCCAAUUCAUGCGAUUUUUAUGGUUUAUGUGGACCUUUUGGGUUGUGCGUUAGGUCAGUACCUCCAAAGUGUAAAUGCUUCAAAGGGUUUGUUCCAAAAUAUAAAGAGGAGUGGGAAAGAGGAAACUGGACUGAAGGUUGUGUAAGGCGAACCGAACUACUUUGUUAUGGAAACUCUACUGGCAAAUCUCAAAAUGUCUUCCAUCAUGUUGCCAACAUAAAGCCUCCAGACUUUUACAAAUUUGCAAAUUUGGAUGCUGAAGAAUGCUACCAAAGUUGCCUCCAAAACUGUUCUUGCUUGGCCUUUGCUUUUAUUCGGGAAAUUGGGUGCUUAAUGUGGAAUCAUGAGUUAAUGGACACAGUGCAGUUUUCUUCAGGAGGAGAGCUUCUUUCCAUUCGUCUUGCACGUUCUGAGUUGGAUGGAAAUAAGCGCAAGAAGACCAUUACUGCUAGUCUUGUCAGCCUUUUUCUUUUUGUGAUAUUGGGUUCUUCUGUGUUUUGUGUUUGGAGAUACAGAGUGAAACAUAAUGAAAUAAUAUCAAACGAUGCUUCACAAGAUGCAUGGAGCAAUGAUCUGACACCACAAGAUUUCUCAAGUUUAUGUUUCUUUGAAAUGAAUACUAUUCAAACUGCCACCAAUAAUUUUAGUCUCUCAAAUAAACUUGGGCAUGGCGGAUUUGGUUCAGUUUAUAAGGUCAGAGAAUUGUAUUCCACUUUGCUCUUUUGUAUUCUCUGUUUAUGCUCUCAAAAAUUAAAUCUGUUUCAGGGGAAGCUUCAAGAUGGCAAAGAAAUUGCUGUAAAACGGCUUUCUAGCAGCUCUAGACAGGGAAAAGAGGAAUUCAUGAAUGAGAUAGUACUCAUCUCAAAACUACAACACAGAAACUUAGUACGAAUUUUGGGAUGUUGCAUUGACGGAGAAGAGAGACUGUUGAUUUAUGAGUUCAUGGUGAACAAAAGUCUUGAUACUUUUCUCUUUGAUUCAAGUAAAAAGCAUAAGAUUGAUUGGCAAAAGAGAUUUGAUAUCAUUCAAGGUAUUGCGCGUGGACUUCUCUAUCUCCACCAUGACUCACGCCUCAGGGUCAUUCACCGAGAUCUCAAGGUCAGCAAUAUUCUUCUGGAUGAGAACAUGAACCCGAAAAUAUCAGAUUUUGGUUUGGCUCGGAUGUUUGAGGGAACCCAAUGUGAGGAAAAUACGCGCAGGGUUGUUGGAACUCUAGGAUAUAUGUCUCCUGAGUAUGCAUGGACAGGGAUAUUCUCUGAGAAAUCAGACAUCUAUGCUUUUGGAGUUCUUUUGUUAGAAAUCAUCAGUGGAGAAAAGAUCUCAAGAUUCAACUAUGCAAAAGAAGGAAAAGACCUACUUGAAUAUGUAUGGGGGUCUUGGUGUGAAAAUGGAGGAAUUUUUCUCUUGGACAAAGAUGUUGAUGAUUCAUCCCACCCACUAGAAGUAGCUAGAUGUGUUCAGAUUGGUCUCCUCUGUGUUCAACACCAACCAGUGGACAGACCCAACACACUUGAGUUGAUGUCUAUGCUCACCACAAAAUCAGACCUCCCAUCACCAGAGAAACCUAUAUUUGUAGUGCAUAAGAGAGAUUAUGAAUCCUUGUCUAAUCCUUUGAUUACCUUCAAUGAGAUGACACAGUCUGUGAUCAUCGGGCGUUAAGAAACAAUGUGUAAUGGAAGUUGUAAAACUAGAGUGUUAUACAUUGUUCUCCUUGACAUUUACUCAUUCUUAGUUCCACUAAUUAAUACAUUUAAAAUAAAAAGUUUUCUUGUAAUGGUCUUGACCUACUAUCUUGUAAUCAAGAUCCUUGACAUAGAGGCUUUUCAUGAAUAUGAUUAUCCAGUAUAUAUAAAUGUGUUAUGA